AUGGGACCUUCUGGAGCGGCAGUGCGUCCAAACCAUUUUCACCCAAUUGUGGUGAUAGGAGGAAGCGCGUUGGGGGAGUGGACCUUCAGGAUUUGGUUGUCAGGAUUGAGACUCCAGCAUGGGGGAGUCUUACAUCGUUGUGACUUGGAUCGCUUCCAAGUGGGGCAGAAGCUGGUUGAAGGGGAAGUGCUUGCUAUUGUUCAGAAUCCCAAAAUUUAG